GUUUGAAAAAAGGCAAUCAUGCGAUGAAGUUUGUCAGAUAAUAGGUGGUUCGAAGGAACUGCCGAAGAUUCUGUGUCAAUUAACAAUCGAAAAGAUGUGGUCACGCAAGUUGGAAUGCAUUUGCACGAAAAUCUUCUUUGUUUUUUCGACCUUGACUGUGAUACAAUGCUACAGUGUGCCAUGUACAUUCAACACAAUGUGCAUGUGUUGGGUUCAAGACGACGAAGAUUUCACGAAAAUGGAUAUUACUUGUAUGGGCAUACCUUUUGCUAGAUUCCCAGACGUUUCUGUAAAUUAUGUGGCUCAAUUGGACGUGGUUGGUAGCGGAUUACAAGCGAUGGACAACGACGCACUCGCAAGCUCAGUUGGGGUCGAAGCUUUAGGGUUGAUGAGCAACAGAUUGUCCAAUAUUGGUGACAAAUCUUUUUCGCGAAUUGCGGACAGUUUACGUUCAUUGGACCUCAGCUACAACGCCUUGGAGGAUGUACCUUUCAAUGUUUUCCACGAUUUAAAGAAACUCAAUUGGCUCAAUAUGCACAGCAAUCACUUAACGACACUGGAUGGCGACUGGGGUCACACGAGGGACACCCUGACGAACGCCUUCUUCGGAGACAACUCCAUCAUCGAGAUACCAAAAGUCUUCUCCACAUUCGAGUCCCUGGUCUGGCUGAACCUCGACAACAACAACAUCGAGGAGAUCUCGGAAGAAAGUCUGCCCCCCAACAUGCACACGCUCAGCCUAAACAGCAACCUCCUUAAAUCCUUCCCCCAAUCUUUGAAGAUGCUGAAGGACCUUACAUGGUUGUACUUGCGAGGCAACGAUUUCAAGAACCUCGAGCUGCCCGAUUUCCAAAGCUCGAACCUGGAACUAGUAGAUGUCAGUGAAAACUGCAUCGAAUGGAUUCACACGUCGAUCCCCAACAAUCGAUCCCUGAAGAUCAAGGACUUCAAUUUGGACAGCAACAAGCUCACCUCCUUGACCGCUGGAAUGUUCGAUCGUCUGGAGACGAAGAGAAUUCAUUUGUCCUCGAAUUCGAUAAAAAACAUCGACGAGGACGCCUUUCGGGGGCUCGAGAACGUUCUGGAGUACUUGAAUCUGGAAAAUAACGAUCUGCCGAACGUUCCUAGCGCUGUAGGUCACUUGAGAAAGCUGUCUUACUUGUAUCUGGCUAACAAUGAUAUCAGAAACAUUUCUGGAGAGGCGUUUCAAGAAUUCGCGGAGAAUCUUAGGGCACUUUCGCUGGCUACGAAUAGUUUGGAUGCUGUGCCGGUUGCGGCUUUGUCCAGAUGCCAGAGGCUGCUGCAUCUGAAUCUAGGUUACAACAAAAUCUCUCAUAUUCAACCCGGUGACUUUGAAUGGGCAGAGGACCUUGAGAUUCUGUUGCUUAGAAACAAUAUUCUGACCAAACUGAAAGGGGAGACCUUCAAAGGGGCGAGUAAGCUGAAAGAGCUCAGUUUGUCCUUCAACCACCUGACAGAGCUGGACGAUGACUGUUUCGUGGGCAUCGAAGAGAGUCUGGACAUUCUAGAACUGAGUUUCGCCUUCGCCACCGACGUUUUCCCUCAACGAGCGCUCAGACCUCUCUCAAACUUGCUCUGGCUGGUUCUGGACAACAACAAUUUCCAAACGAUCGAGGCCACCGCGUUUUACUCCUUCCAACAGUUACGUUACAUCAACCUGGAAUCGAAUCGACUGCAUUAUUUACCGGAACGAAUAUUUCUAUCGAGCGUCCAUCCCGAGUUAAGGGACGUGAAGCUCGGUUACAAUUUCCUGGAAGCCAUCCCAGAGUUCAGUUUUCAUAACCUCACCGAGUUGAGGUCUCUCGAUUUGACCGGGAAUCGAAUAAAGCUGCUCGGUUCCGAUUCUAUCAUGGACUGCCCAAAAUUAGUCACCAUAUCACUGGCUUAUAAUCGAAUCGUCAAAAUGGAGAAAAAUGCUCUGUAUGGUUUACCCAGCUUGCGUUUCCUUCAUUUGGAGUUCAACAAGUUGACGGUGUUGGACUUGGACGCCAUUGCUGAAAUCGGAGGCCCGGAUUUCGCUCUGAACGUCUCCUAUAACGCCAUUUCUUUGAUAAAUUCCGGAGGGUCCAUGAAUAAUCUGACGAGGCUGGAUCUGAGCUUUAAUAAUAUCAGUCAGUUACCUGCCGACACGUUUUAUGGCACGCCGGAUUUGAGGAGUUUGGAUUUAGAAAGCAAUUUCAUUGUUGUUCUUGAACCAGGUACAUUCGCCCUAAAGCACCUGGAAACACUGAACUUACGAGACAAUAAGGUAGAAAGUUUACGAAAACAAUCGUUCCACGGUUUAGAUUCCUUACAGCAGCUCGAUAUGAGUGGAAAUCAGCUGAGUCAAUUAGCGACGGAGCAAUUCCGCAAUUUAAAGAAUCUACGAAUCCUCAAUUUGUCGGGCAACAAGAUAAGAUCUCUGCCCAGAGACGUCUUCGAGGGAACGAAGCUGGAGAUCCUCGACUUGAGCAACAAUAAAUUUACCGUCGUGCCCUCCCCAUCUUUCCUGGAGGUUGGAUACACGCUGAGAGACCUGAAUCUAGCUGAUAAUUUCGUGGACCACCUGGACUCCACUGCUUUUCCAACUUCGCAGUUGGUAUCCCUGAAUCUGGCACAUAACAGGCUGACUAUUCUGCCAGACAACUCUUUCGUCUCUCUGGGCAAGCUUCUGAGCUUGAACGUGUCGCAAAAUGUACUUCAAGCAAACUUCAAGGAGCUGUUUCAUUAUUUGCCUGGACUCCGGCAACUGUAUCUGGCUAACUGUGGUCUUAAAGAUAUUCCACUCUUGCCACUGACGAAUCUAAAUGUCCUGGAUUUGUCGUUCAAUUAUGUGGACUCCACUAGUGAUAAACAGUUUCAGUAUAUGAAAAAUUUGAAGAUUCUUUUGCUGGUGAACAACUCGUUGACUUCCAUGCCAAACGUGAAGCUGAAUCUGCUGAGGGAACUUGAUGUAUCUGGAAAUCCGAUAGAGGAACUAACAAAAGAGAGUUUUCUGAGUUAUCCAAGGCUAGAAAAGCUGAACUUGAGGAACCUGAAUAAAACAAGGUCUGUGAACAAGGAUUGUCUUCGAGUGUUGAAAUACUUGAAGCAUCUUCGAAUUCAAACUUGGCCCGAAGCAGAUGGUUUUCAUCUUCGUUUCCUGUUGACUGGACUGCCAUUGAGAACUGUAGAGAUUCAGGUCACUGAACACUUGUUGAAACAUCAGAUACAGAAUGUCUUCUCAAAACAGUUGAGAGAGUUAACAAUUUCUGGGAGUGAUCUUGAAGUGAUCUCUUCGGAAGCAUUUUCUACAAUUGAAGGUGGUGAACUGAUACUAAGGAUCAAGGACACUAGAGUUCGUAGACUACAAUCUGAUAUUUUUCUCUCAUUGACCAAGAGAUUGUCCCAACUGACUUUGGAUUUGAGGAACAAUCAUAUAAACGAGCUUAGUCCUUCCAUCAUUUAUGGAAAUCUAUCGUGGGAAAGUGUUGGCACCAAUAUGGUUGCUGGAGGAUUACAAGUGUCCGGAAAUCCCUUAGAAUGCGACUGCGAAAUCGCAUGGCUCAGCCUGUGGUUGAGAAGAUGGCUCCGGGAAUCCCGACAAAUUCACACGGCAUCUCAAUCGGACGCCAGACAACUGAGAACAAUAGCAGGAAGAGCUGUCUGCACGGAAACUACGCCAUCCCAUUCAUCCGACAAAGUUUUGUUGACUUUAGGAACGCCUCACACUGCCUGCCAAGCAUCAGCCCUUAGUUCGGGGAAUUACGAGAGAUUAGCGACUACCUGGUUGGCCUUAGUAGACGUUGUCCUCCUAACGAUAGUUGCGUACUGAGUCCAGACACUUUUUGAACGAUCAUACGGGAGUUGAAAAUUAAUUUUGUACCAAUUUUUAUUUUGGCAUGGACUACAAAUGUAGAAGAUUAAUGUCUUUAUUCUUGAGAUGGAUUUAGGGAUCCCUAGAUGAAUAGUAGAAAGCAGCAAUAUCAACAGUCAUAUCUAUUUUAUUUAUUUAACUUUUUCCAGUACGGUUUAUUGGUUUGUUUUCUUUUUCUCACAAUAUGUUUGAAAAUAGUAAAUUGUUUGUAAGACAUCUUCAAUAUGGUUGACAGUCUUUAAUAGUGUAAAGUGUGUUAAAAUGCUGCAGUAUGAAAUGUUUUAUAAUUUUAUACUAACAAUAAGAUGGAGUAGAUGGCGCUCGUGUUCCAAGUCACAGUCUUGCUAUAUCUGUAGUCACUGAUUUUGGUAUUUGGAUAAUGGUGUGCUUGAUUAUCCAAUUAUCUACAAGCUUUUCGAUGGAGUGAAAGAACUUCCGUACGUUUCAUUAGAUUUCUUUUGAUACAUUGAAGAGAAUUUACAUUUUACAUGGAAAUAAGAAAUAAACAGCACUGUUCCACUUGACAAUGCACACUCGUUCGAAUAAUAGAAAUUUAAUGAAGAAAAGGGAUUGAUUUACUCAGUCGCGGUCGAUUCUACGUUCCGUUCGGUGGAUCGAUCGACCAUCCGUAAAAAUUUCACCGACGUUCCAGAUUUUCGCAACGCAAAUGAACGGUCGAUUAUCGAUUGCUCCGCGACCGGUGAAAUCGAUUCUCAAGAUCGCCUAUUAAGGGGAGAACGUAAUUAUUCUGUCGAUUAUAUAGUCGGCGGAUAUCGGCCGCGACGCGUGUUCCUCUUUUUUUUUUUCUUCCCUCUUUUGUCUUUUCAAACGCCACGCUUCGUUCGUCGUUCUUUCUCUUCCCCCGUGUUACAUAAACGGUGGUUUUACGAAAUUUCUUUGUGUUCGUCCCGUUUUUAGACUCGUUAGGAACUUCGGUUCCUGUUAUCGAACACGGUGAGUUCUUUUCAAAUAUUUGCUGGUUUGUUGACGGGUCUUUCAACACCUUGAACGUUGCGAGGGUCAUUUAGGAGCGUAUUGAGAUUUUUAGAGAGCUAACGUUUCUAAUGAAAGAUUUUGGUGAAGCUGUGUUGGAAUUUGGUGUAUUGGUGGAAUUUGGAAGAUUGAAAAUUUUUUGUUAAGAUGUUAGAAUUUAUGUAGGUAUUUGCAAGAUUUUACUGUUAUUUAUUACUGUCUAUUGUUAUGUAUAAAAUAAUAUAUUAUGAUAU